AGUUAAAAUUUCUGCGAGCUGCAUGUACGUUGAAGAUACCAUAGUGUAUUAAUGGACGCCAUCAAGCAGCGACAAAACCCCUCUCGAUGUUACACGUGAAAGCUGCGUGUAAACCUAUUUUCAUCCAGAGUCACGUAUCGGCAUGCCUGUGGAAUGAUGUAGCGUGCUACGGACAAUAAGCCAUGGAAGGAUCCUGACUUUGGUCACAUGGAUACAUUUUAUUUCCAAUCAAACUAACGUGAUGAGGCUACAGAGAUAAAUGAAUGGUCCAUUCAAAAUGGAUGAACAAUCAAUAUUUGACAUCCUCGAGUGCUCUGUAUGCCUAGAGCGUUUGGACGCGACCAGUCGAGUCUUGCCAUGUCAGCAUACUUUCUGCAUGCGAUGUCUUCAGCAGAUCCUCAACACCCGAGGUGAGCUACGCUGCCCGGAAUGUCGAGACCUUGCUCCGCAACAGAGGGUGACCGACCUGCCCACCAAUAUUCUCCUUGUGAGGUUGCUUGAUGGAAUGAAGAGGCCUGCUCCAGCAUCUCCUUCAACUGGAUCGAGUUCUGGAGGAGGCCUGUCGAAGACCAGUGACCAGGCAGAUACAACUUCUUCAAGUAGGAGUGGUGUUUCUAAGAUUUCUGGUCCUAAUCAACCAUGUGCUAAAGCUAUCUAUAAGUAUGACGGACAAGAAUCUGGUGAUUUGUCUUUCAACAAAGGUGCUGUUGUACUCCUUCUGAAGAGAAUCGAUGACAACUGGUAUCAUGGCGAACUUGAUGGAAGUCGAGGCUUCUUUCCGGCCAGCUACGUAGAAGUGCUGGUGCCUCUCCCUCCUGACCCACCUCAGUGUAAAGCGCUCUACGAUUUCGAUGUCAACGAACAGGAGGAAAAGGAUUGUCUUACUUUCAAUAAGGAUGAAGUACUAAUGGUGAUAAGGAGAGUGGAUGAGAAUUGGAUAGAGGGCCAAAAGGGGGAUAAAAUUGGAAUAUUCCCAAUCUCUUUUGUGGAGUUGAAUGAUACAGCCAAGAGCCUUGUGGAUGUGAAUGCAGGUGCCACAGGAGGAGAUGCAGGAGCCAGUGAAGGACAGGGAGGCAGCUCCUCCUCCCAAGAAUCAGGAUCUAGCAAGAACAAAUCGUCCAACAAGCGCCAUUCUUUCACUUCCAUGCUUGGUGUCCAACUCCGUUCCAAGGAAUCUCAGGAUAGAGGGAGCGGUGGCGGUGGUGGUGGAGGGGGGAGCGGAGGAGGUGGUGGUGAUAAUCGUCACUCCAUGGAGAUCUCAUCUCCCGUUCUCCUGAGAUCCAGCAAUCCCACCGCUGCCACACUAAUUGAGGCAAAGGCAGCGGCGGUAGCUGUAGCCAUGGCAACCGGUGGCCCUUCCCCCGCAUCAUCUCCGUCUCCAUCAUCGUCUCCUCUCCCUGUUGCUGCUGCGUCGGGAAGCGCCGCCCAGACUGGGGGAAGCAAGAAGAAACCAGCCCCACUUACAUUGAACAACCAGCCUACUGGCGCUGGACUGCCACCCAACUCUCCUACAUUGAUUGCAUCAGGACCAGCCACACCUACUCAUCUCACAACCCAUGAUACACCUUCCUCACCCAAACCUAAAGUAGAAGUAUACGUUGCCAUGUUCAACUACAAACCCCUGAAUCCCGAUGAGAUUGAGUUAAGGAAAGGAGAGUUUUACACUGUGACGGAGAAAUGCAAAGAUGGUUGGUUCAAGGGUUUGUCCGUCUCCAGCGGUCAGAUUGGCGUGUUCCCGGGGAACUACAUGCAGGUCUACAGGCAUGAUAGGCAAGAAAAGCAGAAGAAAAGUGCACCAUCAUCAUCGAUAUCAUCAUCAUCAUCUUCAACACCAUCAUCAUCCACCUUUACCAGCUCAUCUCUGCUGACAUCAACAGCAUCAAGCUCUCGGUCAGCCUCGGCAUCAUCUCAAUCAACCACACCCAACUCGGCACUGAGCGGUCAGAGUGGCAGCUCUGGGGCAGGAAGUGGAGAGAAGAAACAAUUUCUUCCUGAUGGACAAAAGACUGUAGCACAGCUGCAGAGUGAACGAGCUGCGUUGAGGAUGCAGUAUCAGGGUGCAACCCAAGGAGCUAUCAGUAGGCCUAUCCAAGCACCCCAGACAAGACUGAAUGAAAGGCAACCCCAAAGUAGCCCGCCCUCUGUGGGUGUGGAGUCAUCGAGGUUGGGUGGGUCAGUUGCAUCUUCAGCGAUGGCAGGCAGCUGGCCAGGGAAUGCCCAAGCUGCUCAGCCCGGUGUCGGACACCGCCAGGUCCACACUGCGGUUCAAACCUCAAACGCGAAUGCGCAGACUGUGCGGCCAAGGACAGCGAAUCCCACCGCUGCCACCAUAAAUGCAUCUCAACCGGGUUCUCCACCAGUCUCACACGGGAUCAGAACUCACAUCGCUGGUGCUGCCGAUGUACAGCCCGGUGUUCCUGUCAGACAAGCCUGUAGUCAGAUGGUAGUCCCUCACCAGGUACUCAGGCAGUUCAGUCACCCUAAUGACCUCACUUUCAGUGUUGCACCCGCUAAAUCUAAACGUGUUCCUGUUACCUCUUCUACCCAAACAGGCGGGCCCUUGCUCGCCGUGAGACACACGGUCGAUAAGCCCCGGCGGUUCAGCGAGAGUGACCAGCUCUCGUCAACCAGAGCUACCUCAAGUAGCAGCAAUAGUAGUAGUUGUAGUAGACAGUCUGCUGCUGCUAAUCAUAACACUCUCGCACCAAAUAGCACCACCUUUACCUACUCUAAGUCUGGUUUGCAUGCACAGCCUCCACCAACCUCACCUCUGCACGCUGGCACCUUUAUUUUCUCCAAGCAUGUUGCCCUGUUAUCUGGUGAUGGUAUUGGGCAGGCACAGGUAGGGGCCGAUAGUGGCUGUAGAACACCUCCACCAACACUCAACACUAGUCCACCACAGGUCAGGGGUCAUCGUAGACGCAGUGGCAGUAUGCCAUCUCAAUUCACCUUAGCUCACAAGGCAGAUAAGAAGGAGAAGAAAGAAAGGAAAAGCAAGAAGCCAUCCAACAAGCAUGUGACAUCGAACGAAGCCCCUGAAUUGGGAAGCAAUCGAACCACAAGCCCCUCACGCUCUGCAAUGCGUGCAUCCGCGACCCACUCGCCCAACUCCUCAAAGUCAUCUUCACCCGACAACCAUCAGGGAGAGGCUCCUGCGGCUGAGUCUCCAGCAGGAGCCAUGCCAGGGGGAGGAGAAGGAGGAGCGAGGGGUGGAGACACAGGUGCUGCCACCACAGAACAAACCCCACCGAAAACAACUCCAUUGCUGCGUGAAAGAUAUCGUGUGAUCGUCCCCUACCCACCGACCACUGAUGCAGAGCUUGAGCUGAAGAUAGGAGAUACUGUAUUUGUCCACAAGAAGCGUGAAGACGGUUGGUUUAAAGGCACAUUGCAUCGAACGGGAAAAACAGGACUCUUCCCUGGCAGUUUUGCUGAACCCUAUUGAGAUUUCAUUUUAUGACACACUAGGUGGACUGACGACUGAUGCAGAACCUGAUUUCAUUUGAUAUGGACGUAAGCUGUGAUGUGAAAGCCUCGAUCAUGUUUUACAUUUAUAUUCAUGGACAAGUGUCAGAGCUUUCGUGAAUCCGUUCAGAUGAUGUGUAUGGUAUGCUGAAAAGGAGUUUUCACUCUGUGGUGUACAGUGGAUUCAAGAAGACAGUAAAUGUAUUGAAAAUGCCUAUCAACUGACAAAGCACAGCGGGGAGGUCUUUGUCAAAAAUUGGUGUAACAGGAACAGCUUUCCCAAGCUUCGGACCUGACAAAAAAUUGCAAAGAUGUCGUUUGUCCAAAGUUAAAGGACAAGUCCACCCCAACAUAAACUUGAUUUGAAUAAAAAGAGAAAAAUUAAACAAGCAUAACACUGA